CGGUUAGGCUUCUCGAGAGCUGCCUGUCCAUAGAUCCGGCGCAUGCAGAUACCUACGUUUUGCUGGCGCGGACGCACUUAGACGCCAACGAAGUCUAUCUGGCCCUCAAGGUCUUGGAGCAAGGUGUCUCCCGGGAUUUCAGCAUACGAAGUCAUCCGCUCUAUCAUCUUACGGAGACGAGAUGAACUCGAUGUUUAACAGCAACAACAGCUUAAUACUUAACUUUUUUUGUGAUUCUGUUACUGUUUCUGAUUCAGUGAUCUUCAUUCUAGUUUCGAAUUCGCUUGCUUGCUACCUACUGCUACUUUCAGAAGAUCUUCUCAGCAAGACGAAACAAGCUCCUUACUAGUACUCGUGCUUAGCACUCCUUCUCCUUCAUACCGUUGGUGAAAGCGCGGAUGAUUCAAGCAGAGCGCGGGGACCGCGACCAGGCGAUACGAGUGCUCGAGGACUGUCUUCGUCUACCUGGUGUCCGGCAGGCGAGCAAUCAGACGUCGACUUUAUGCUUCAUGUACUUGCUUUAGCUUGUUAUGAUAGUCGCAGCUAGAAGUCGUAGUUUUGCACAUCCUGUGACGAGAGAGGAUGCAACAUUAUACAUAGAGUUUUGUCAUCGACUCCAUUGAGUCGAUAGUACGAAAACGGAUCCAGUUGUGCUGCGUCAUGACCACAACUUCUAUACAUUCUUUCACUUGCUCACGAUCUCCCCUUUGACGUAAGUAGUUACUUUCAUGACACUCUCCUGCGGUGACAGUGGAAGAUCGUGCGAGCGUUUUUCUCCUGUUGGUCGAACUCUACGGUAAAAGCGGGCGGGCAGGCGAGGCGUCGUCUUUGCUUGGCGAAGCAGCAAGGGAGUUCAAAAAUUCGAAGCAGGAAGUUCGGAUUUUGAUCGCGCAGGCUGAGCUACAAACCGCUCGUGGGGAUGUCGAUAGGGCACUCCAGCUCCUCGAAAACGCACUGGUACAGAUGGGCAGCGAACAAACCGGACAGGCGGCUCAAUUCAAUUAUGAAGACAAGGACCAGUUGUAGGUGUAGCCGUAGGAGUGACAUUUGAAUUUCACGUUUCCAGUUUUGAAGACGGCAAGUGAGUAAGUAUGUUGUAACGACCUAGUCUUUCUUACGACUAGCAGUAGUUUGCACCAAUUCAUAUUCACCCUAACCCUAAACCAUUAGACGCAUCAAACGAAAAUAAAUUCACCCUAACCGAAAACCAUUAGACGCAAUCGCAAACGAAAAUAUCCUUCUAAUCGGAAGUAAUCAAGAGGGAACAAGCGAGGCUGUACUUGGACCACAAGAACGAUUCUCGAUCUUUUGCCCGCUGCCACCGAGAAAUUCUAGACCAGGAUCCCGAAGACGUGCAGAAUUACCUCAGUCUUGGUGAGGCGCUUCUCGAAAUUUGUGAGCCACAAGAGGCGAUAGCGGUACAUCAACUACAAAUAAAGUUUGAAAGUGUGUGGAUAUCUUUGAGAGGUAUUUUUUGAUGAUAUUUAUAGAUCCAUACGAAAACUGAAAAUUUGCGAAAAGCUAAUGGGAAUAUUAGAGUUACUACGUACUUUUUUAAGUUUUCGCAUAUCACACUCAAAUCCCAUGACUUUCAUAGGUAUUCGAAAAAGCGUUAGCGUUUUCAGCCGAAGACAAGCGCAUCGACGCAACUGAGCUGAUUCGAAAGAUUGGUGGGGCUCUCGUUCUCACGCACGACUACGAGACAGCGAUGAACUACUACGCUAAUGCUCUGAAGCGGGACCCAUCGGCAACGGAACUGCGCUUAGAUCUUGCGCGGCUGCACAUGAGGCUUCAGAGCUGGUCAAGGGCAGGAGGAGAACUCGAAGACGCUCUAUCGAAGAUACAAGGUUAUGCGUUCUUCAUCUUCUUGCGGAUAGAACAACUAAGUAGAAAAUAAUAGUGAGAGUUGCAAGUUCAAUGUCCUCGCUCAACAAGAACAGGAUCAUUGGUUUUGACAUUGGAACAACUACUCUUUCACAUACAAUAAUAGUGAGUUGUACACUUCUGAGCAGCUAGCUCUAGUUUACACUAAAUCAUGAUCAACAACAACGACCCUUCAUUCUGCGGAUAAUGUGAAGACGCUGCGGCAGAAAAUAGAGGUUCUCCUUACUCUCGCCACUGUGCAUUUAGAGAGUACUGUCGCGUCCUCGUCGUCCUCAUCCCGCAACUUUGGAGCAUCUGUAUGGCACGACAAUAUCUAUGGAAUUGAAAGUCAAAACGACUUUUGAUGUUUCUCAGUUUUCUCACGUCGAUGUCAAUUAACUCCUUCAGUCAGAGUCUGGACUACUUCAAGAACUUGCUAGAAAACUCCUUCCAUAUGUAUUUGUAUGCUUCACUUGAGAAGAACCUCUCUCAUUUCCUGGAGGAACGACUGGUGAUCUUGCCCCAGCGCCUCUAGCAGCGGAAAAGCUCAAAUACGCUUUAACCCUACAGAAGGAACUAGUGGACAGGCUCAGUAUGGAAGAUUAUGCUGGCCUCAUGAUAUUGCAUAUUUUUGAGUUCUCCUUUAAUCUGCAAUUAAAUGUACUAGAAGAGGAUCGCAUGCGAGGUGACCAUUUUUUCCACCUCCACUGCUAUCCUGUGACACAUUUUUGAGCAGUUGCUACACCCGAACAACCCUAAGGCCUAGUCCAAACGCUACAGAGACAAGGACAACAAGUUCUUAGGAGCUCUAAGUUCAAGAUAGAAGGGAUAAGCUGUCAUAUGCUGAUAUCGCUUUUCGCCUUGCCGAGUAUUACACGUCAAGAGAACGCAGUCCUCAGCAGGCAGCCGACUACUAUCGGGAAUGCCUCUCUUUCCACGAGUCGCAUGAAAAAGCAAUGCUUGCGCUUGCAAAACUUCAUUUAUGGCACCGUUUCUAUUUCUAACAUGCUUUUUCGUUCUAUUCCAGUACCCUGGUGUGUCUUUGCUCAGGUCCUCUUCAUCUGUCCAACUACGUAAACUUUUGUAUCUAUAGUAAGUAGAGAUCGUCCUGACUAAUAUUGAAGUUCAACCGUGACUGAUGAUUGGUAUUCUCACUUCUUGAUCCCGUGAAACCUUCUUCAUUCCCUAUGGCCGAAGGCAAUUACGAGGCGUGCGAGCAGCAAUUAGGGGUGCUGCUUCGGCUCGAAUCGUCCUCAGAAGAAGCCGUUGAGGGCUCAACACUCAUGGCAGAGUUGCUCAUGCUUUUAGCAGCAAACGGUACUUAUAGAUACUAUUAGCCACCUGAACGCAAAAAGCGAAAGCUCCAUCCACCCCAGGAACUGUCAAUACCCUUUGUCUCUUCUCUCGGUAAUGGAGACACUUUACACAACUGUCUUCAUCUAGUACCAUUUUUUCUCAGGUAGCCGUAGCGAAGGCGGUGCGCAGGAGUAUAGGGACGCGACGUUUCAUUACCGACGACUCCUAGAAAAGAAGCCCUGCGAUUGGAAAUCGUUGAGUCGAUUAGUCUAUCUGCUGAAACGAGCUGGCAAACUGAAGGAGUUUGAACGCUACUUGCUCAACGCAGAAAAACAUCUUCGAAGCUACAAAGACCCGCAACAGGAACCUGGAUUUCGGUAGUAUUAUGCUAUGGAAAGAGGUUGUGAGCACGAAGUGAUAGUAAAUAGGGUAAUGGUGUUGGUUCGCAUUUAUUCGCAUAAUAAUACUACUGAACAUUAUAAGCUAGAUGAUCUCAACAUAAUUGUUCACUUCUGCAAGAAAUUGAGGAUCCUUGAAUCUUCAUCACCUUUUCACCAUCAUCAUAUCUGCAUCCAGGUUUUGUCGAGGCCUCUACGCGCGCUGUAUGAAUAGGGGUUCUGAGGCACUAGUGGAUCUGAACUUUGCGAGAACGCGGGAUGUCGAAUGGAGGAGAGAGGCCACACUGGAAAUGAUUGAGCUUUAUCUCUUCCCAGAUCCAAACAAGCUGUCACUAGACGCUCUACAAGACGGCGAGGGACACGGCGAGCACGUCUAUCGGGAAGUCGAUCUCCUUAUAAACGAGCUGCUGCAGAAUGUUACGGACCACAACGCACGAGGGAGUUGUACUUGAGUUUCACUUUGUCAAGACAUUAUGCCUCUUCAACAGACGAGACAAUUGGUCUCUGUUUGUUGAGCGGCGUUUGAUUUGACUAGUUCAUGCUGAAAACAAGAGAAGAUAAGGAGUCAACAUACUCUCGUUGGCCGAAUUUGGACUACCGCUACCAUAAGCAGAAGGCAUUUCUAUUUUCAAUUGAGUGCAUACCUCCUACGGGCAUACUCUAACAUGAAGAGUUCAGCAAUAGGAGCUGCGAGUAGGCAACGGGAGAGCUUUCAGCGGGACCUCUUGGGGAGGCUACGGGUUUACCAGGCCUCAAACGCAAUCUUCACGAAAAGGAAAACUGAAGUCGAUCGCGGUUUGCAAAUGUUGAUGGAGUUAUGAUUUGGUUUAGUCCGUUCUACGACUAUCAGUCUGUAGGUUUCGAGUAGAGCUUGCGAUCCUUAUGGGUGUUGAUAUGGAGUGUGGUGUGUAUACCCCUAGAUUUUGUUGUAAUUCCUUGCUAGAAAAUGGAUUAUGCUACAAUCUUGUGAACGACGAUAGUCGAGUACAGAAAAUCGGAUCAAAAAGACGCCCUGUGGGGGCUACCCCCCACUUCUACUGACUCGCCUUCAUCGCUGCUCUUCAACGCGGACAAGAACUACGUGCCUGCCGUCUUAGCGAUGAGCCAAGGUCUCAUAAUUUCGAAACAACUGACUAAAGCGAGAAAUCAGCUAAAACGGAUUGCUGAAAUCGCGAGGCAGAGCUAUAACCCAGAUUGGGCGGAUGACUUCGAGAAAGCCUGGCUCUUACUGGCAGACGUUUACAUCAGCGGGGGAAAGGUAUUGAUAUAGAGGAUUUAGACCUUUUGUAGCACGGGUAAGAUUUAGAUCUUUCGAGAUGGAGUAGAUCUUCUAGAACGAGAGUCUACAUCUUUCUAAGAUUAAGGCAAAGUCGUUUAUGAGCAUAGACGAUGACGCGUAAACGAAAGCAAUAGGAUGAUAUUACGCUGAUUUUCCUCAAGAACAACAGUAACACAGUCAUUUUCAUCAUUCAAACCGCACUAGUACGAGUUGGCCUCGACCUUAUGUCAUCUCGCCUCAACGCACAACCGGUCGAGUGGAAAAGCAUGGGAAAGCCUGGGUCUGAUAUACGAGAAGGAGGCUGGGCACAAGGAAGCCGCGACCUACUACGAGAAAAGCUGGGAGCUAGCCAGGUCCACGAACGUUGGAUUUCGCCUCGCUUUUAACUACCUAAAGGCGAAACGCUUAUGAAAAGAGGAUCUCUGUAGGAUCCAUAACACCAGGUGUUGUACUUGAGCAGCUCGCUUGAGGAGUUGGUUUAUCAAUUUAGUUUGAGUUUGUUUUUGCAACCACAACUACUACCUAGCGCUACGGUUGUACUAUUAGCGAGCAUUGUGCACCUUUAUGGUAGGUCUCCUUCUCCACCUAAGCCCACACCUCUGAAUAGUUUGAGGAGUUGGUUCAUCAAUAGUCCUCCCACACCUCCCACACCCACACCCUUUCUUCAUUUUCCAUGAUCGAGUGCAUUUUGAUCUGCCAGCAGGUGUUGAAGAUGAAUCCGCAAUAUCCCAAGAUACAGAAGGAGAUAUUGGACAAGGCAAGGAUGGCAUUGCGAUCGUGAUUGGCUGUUUUGUUUCUGCGUUUCUCUGCCGUUUUGUGUACGCUUGCAUCCUGGCGAUGUUGGGAGACGAGGAGGACGCAUUCCAUUAUAGGUGUAGUAGAGUAUUUUUUUCGACGGUGGAUGGAAAGAGUGGUAUCUUCAUCUUCAGCCUGCUCUUCACGAUAUUUUCAGUCAUUUUUGGGCGUACCAUACGACCAGUGCAAAAGUUUGAGUAUUAAUCGAUGCUGUCGCUCCUGAUUACUAGCUGUAGAAGCAAACUGGCGUUCUUAUGGCCUGCUGUGAUCUUCUUGUUGUUGAGUAAGCAGUACAAGUUAGUACUUUUUUUCUUUUUGGAUACGAAACGAACAGCGCUGACAAUAAACGCCGGAUAGGAUUCCAUUUAGAGGAAUGAGCACAAGGAAGUUGAGCUUGAGUUCUAUGUGUACUAAACGCACAAGGAAGUCCUGUAUGUUGAGAUUGAUGAGCAAGAACGUCAACAUGUGCAUGGAUGUAGAUUCGGAAAGAGUUUCGUCCACGAGUAUGCGAUCCCCGAU